AAACCCUAACCAUCUAAUUCAUCCCCAAAUUUCAUUGAUACAACAGUGGAAGCCCCAAUCUUUACUUGGGCUCGAUCUCGAAGUUCAUGUCCUCUCAGAUGAACUCCUGAAAUUGUAGCCUGACGCGGUUACUGGGUGGUGCUUCAGAAGAACCCUAGAUACUAAGCCUCUGUUCUGCGGUCUUGUCUUUUUGUUGCUUCGAUUAUUCAGUUUUGGCGAUGGCCUCGCGCAAUCAGAACAGGCCACCUUCGAAUCGCCCCGCUAAGAAGGAUGCUGGGGCUUAUGAUAAUCAAUUAGACAAGCGGCGGAAGGUUGAGGCUGGGAAAAGGGUGGGACCUACAGUCGGCGGUCGACCACGGCAACCAUUUGCUGCUGUUACCAAUGAGCAAGAAGCUGCCGCUGAUGUGGGUAGUACUGAGGAGUGUGGGAAUGAGUUUACCAAAGAAAAAGUUGAGGCUUUGUUGAAUGAAAAGCCAAAAGCAAGCAAGUUUGAUCUCAAGAGGAAACUUGAAAGUUUAACGGAACUCAAUGAAAGGCUCAAGCGCUGUAUCAGAUGGUUCCAGCAAGGUGAUGAGAACCAUCUCAUUGAGAAGGAGAAACUUCGCAAUGAACUAGACUCUGCCGAGAAAAGGUGCACUGAGGGAGAGUUGGAGAUGAAGACUAAGGAGGCAGAGUUUACUACACUUAUCUCAGAUUUAAGGAAAAAUAAUGCUUCUCUAAUGGAGAAACUGUCCACGGAAGAGGCAGAAAAGCUAGAUGCAAUUGACCGUUAUAGACGAGAAAAUGAAGCCAGGAUUGCUGCUGAAAAGUGUAAAGCUUCUUUGUUAGAAGAGCUAGGAAAAGCACAGCAAGAGAUAACAGCUGUUAAUGAGAGGGCAGCCUCACUAGAGAAUGCACACAACAGACAGCAAGAAUAUGUCCUUAGCCUUCAACAGUUCAGUUCCAAGCUCAGCAAUGAACUCGAAACAGCCCGUGAGUCACUUAGUCGGUUGGAAAAAGAGAAACUGACUAUAGUACAGAAUCUUAGCACUUUAAGGGGUCAUUGCAGUUCAUUGCAGGAACAAUUAUCCUUGUCCAGAGCUUCACAGGAUGAUGCUGUUAAUCAGAAAGAGACAUUACUGACUGAAGUUAAAUGCCUCCGUGGGGAGUUACAACAAGUAAGAGAUGAUCGUGAUCGUCAAGUGAUGCAGGUGCAGGCCUUAACUGCUGAAAUAGUCAAAUACAAAGAGUCUACUGGAAAAUCCUUGGCUUCUUUGGAUAAUUUGACAACAAAAACAAAAUCCCUGGAGGAGACAUGUUCUUCCCAGAGGGAGCAAAUACAGGUAUUGGAGCUUCAGUUAGCUGCAGCAAAUGAGAAACUAAAGGUAUAUAUGUUGGUCAAUUUAUCAUGACAAAAAUAUCCUUUUACAUUUGACAAAGUGUUUACACAUGAGGCUUCUCAGCAAGAUGUUUUUGUAGAAAUCUCACAGUUAGUACAGAGUGCACUUGAUGGAUAUAAGGUCUGCAUAUUUGCUUAUGGACAGACUGGUUCUGGCAAGACUUACACCAUGAUGGGAAGGCCAGAGGCUUCAGAACAGAAAGGAUUAAUUCCACGUUCACUGGAACAGAUUUUCCAAAGCAGUCAGUCCCUUCAAUCACAGGGAUGGAAAUACAAAAUGCAGGCCUCAAUGUUGGAAAUCUACAAUGAAACCAUCCGUGAUUUGUUGUCAACUCAUCGAUUGUGUGGUUCAGACCAAACACGUCCAGAAAAUGGUGUUUCUACAAAGCAAUACACCAUUAAACAUGAUGCAAAUGGGAAUACACAUGUCAGCGACCUCACUAUUGUUGAUGUUGGCAGCAUUACUGAAAUCUCCUCACUUUUACACCAGGCUGCUCAAAGCAGGUCUGUGGGAAAGACACAAAUGAAUGAGCAGUCAUCAAGAAGCCAUAUGGUCUUUACAUUGCGAAUAUCUGGGGUGAACGAGAGCACGGAGCAACAAGUCCAGGGCAUCUUAAACUUAAUUGAUCUUGCUGGAAGUGAGAGACUAUCAAGGAGUGGGGCAACUGGGGAACGUUUGAAGGAGACCCAGGCCAUCAAUAAGAGUUUGUCUUGUUUGAGUGACGUUGUAUUUGCACUGGCAAAGAAAGAAGACCAUGUACCUUUCCGGAACUCCAAAUUAACAUAUCUCCUUCAGCCGUGUCUAGGUGGGGAUUCCAAAACCUUGAUGUUUGUAAACAUUUCCCCUGAUCCGACUUCAGUUGGUGAGUCACUGUGCUCCCUCCGAUUUGCUGCUAGGGUUAAUGCCUGUGAGAUUGGAGUCCCUCGCCGCCAGAUGACUUUGCGACCAGCAGAUUCCAGACUAAGCUAUGGCUAAAAUCGUUGGUUUGUAGUAAGAGCAACAAAAUAUGGUUCUAGUGUGUGUAAUAACAGUGCCUUGGAUAUGUACCAUCAUUUGUAGAGCAGCUGCUUGGGUUUGCUAAUUUGUAUUCUUAUUAAAUUUAUGUCGUUAUUGGCUCGUCUCUUGACAGACAGGUUGGAUUUGGCUCCGUGUUGUAUGAGAAGAUUCGUCAUUUGUUGAAUACACAGAAACAAAGAAU